AUGCCUAUCUACCCAACAGCACCUCUUACAAGUUCUAUUCCAGCUCCAGUCAGCGUCGUUUAACCAGUAAGCUAUGCCCAACCAGUGACUUAUGCUCAACCAGUCUAAUACGUUCCACAACCUGUUUAAUAUGUGCCCCAACCUGUUUAAUAUGUGCCCCAACCCGUUGUUCAAUAACCAGUUAUUGCUCAACCAAUCCUCACCCAAUCAGUUGUAGCUGCCCCACAAUAGGCUCCAAUCAAAGGAGAAUCCAGAGUUGAAUACAGAGAAUUUCAAAGACCUGUUGUUGAGAUGGAAACAGAAACUAUUUAAGUUCAAGUACCAAAAACUAAAUACGUGACUGAUUACUAUCCAGUUGAAUACUAAACUGAGUACAUCCCAAGAACAGUUUAUGAGUAGUAAACUGAAUACGUACCAGUCACUAAAACAGUCCCUAGAGUUGAAUAUGAUGCUGUUGAGAGAGAAGUAUAAAGAGUGUAAUAUCAACCAGUCCAAACCGUCCCUGUUUAACCAGUUUUCAAUCCUAUGUUCAACCAGUCCAACCACUCACUUAUUCAGUUGCUAGACCAAUAGCCUAAGCUCCAGUCUAUGCUCAACCAGUAGUUGCUCCAGCACUCACUUAUUCAGGUGUUAGACCAGCUUAUGCCCCAGUUUAUCCAAGUUAUCCUCAAGUUGGUGCUAGACCAUAAUAAGCAUAAUAACCAGUGCCUUCAAACAAACCAUAAUGAAAAUGAAAUAUUAUAUCAUAAGCAUUUGUACAGAAUAAUAAACUUUAUCAUAAAAUUAAAAUUUUUUUUUUCAAAUUCGAAAAUCAAUUCUAUUCUUAAAAACUCAUAUUCAAUAGAGUUUUAUUAACUUUAUUCCUACGUCUUAUAUAUCUUUGGAGAUAUUCUGUGCAUUUUAAUACAAUUUCUUAUUUUUUAAAAAUGA